GACCCUUAAAUCUCCGCCCUUCCUCCCUUAUCACGCUCUCUCGUUCUCUAUCCACCCCUACCCCCACCAAUCCUCAAUGGCGGUUCCAUCUCCAUCUCCAUCUCUCUCCUCCUCCUCCUCCUCACCAUCAUCCUCUCCUCUUUAACUCUUCACUUUUCCCCCAUCCCAACCUCUCCCCCUUCUUCCUUCUUUCUUUCUGGCCCCAGCUCAGCUCAGCUCAGCUAAGCUUAACUUCUCCAGCCACCACCGCCAAAGCUUGCUUUUGUCUUCAUGGCUCCCAAGUCUGGCCGUGGGAAAUCCAAAGGCGAAAAGAAGAAGAAAGAUGACAAGAUUCUUCCUGUGGCCAUGGACAUCACUAUUUGCUUGCCGGAUGAGUCUCUUGUUGUGCUCAAGGGGAUAUCAACGGACAGGAUCAUUGAUGUGAGGAGACUACUGUGUGUGAACACCGUCACUUGUUGCAUCACGAACUACUCGUUGUCUCAUGAGGUCCGAGGGCCGGGAUUGAAGGACACUGUUGACGUGGCAGCACUCAAGCCUUGCAUUCUUACGUUGGUUGAAGAGGUCUACGACGUAGAACGUGCCGUGGCGCACGUGAGACGCCUGCUCGACAUCGUCGCGUGCACCUCUUGCUUCGGCUCCAAUGCGUCCAAGGAUGCCAAGGAGAUCGCCGGUUCCGGCUCCGGCGCCGCCGCCGGUGUCGGUGUCGGUGCCGGAGGGCUGGCCAGGAGCCGGUCUGAACGGCAGCGUGCGCAGCAGUCUCCACCGUCGUCUCCCAAGGAUGCGUCGGCGGAUGUGGAGGCCGAGAUGAGCGGCUCUUGCCCUAAGCUUGGAUCAUUCUAUGAUUUCUUUUCGCUUUCGCAUCUCACUCCUCCGAUUCAAUUUAUAAAGAGAACUUCUACGAUUCGGCAGGAUGAGCGGCCGUCUGAAGAUCAUCUGUUCUUCCUUGAAGUCAAGCUUUGCAAUGGAAAGCUAUCGCUUGUGGAAGCGUGCACCAGAGGGUUUUACAGUGUGGGGAAGCACCGGGUGCUUUGCCACAACCUUGUUGAUCUGCUGAGGCAGCUCAACAGAGCCUUUGACAAUGCUUAUGAGGAACUCAUGAAGGCAUUUGUGGCCCAUAAUAAGUUUGGAAAUCUUCCCUAUGGAUUUCGGGCAAACACAUGGCUUGUUCCUCCAUUUGCUGCUCAAUUGCCAUCGGUAUUUACCCCCCUUCCUGCAGAGGAUGAAACAUGGGGAGGCAAUGGGGGUGGAUGGGGAAGAGAUGGCAAAAGUGAUAUGUUAGCUUGGGCUAAUGAAUUUUUGCUCCUCACAACAAUGCCUUGCAAAACCACCGAGGAGAGGCAGGAUCGUGACAGAAGAGCAUUCCUGCUUCAUAGUCUCUUUGUGGAUGUUGCAAUCUUCAGAGCUGUUGCAGCUGUACGGCAUGUCAUGGAGAGGAACUUAAUCACACCUUUAAUUGAGAAGGAUGGAAUUUUGUAUGUAGAGACAGUAGGAGAUUUUAACAUUACUGUCUUUAGGGAUGUUUCGGAUGCAAGCUGUAAGGUGGAUACCAAGAUUGAUGGGACUAAGAUCACUGAAAUUGAAUGCAAACAACUUGCAGAAAAAAAUAUACUUAAGGGAGUUACUGCAGAUGAAAAUACUGCAGCCCAUGAUUUUGCCACUUUAGGUGUUGUCAACAUUAGAUACUGUGGUUAUAUUGCAGUCGUGAAAGUUGAGUAUAAUGAAAAAUUCAAGGUGGAUGAUGCUAUGCAAAGUGUUGACAUUAAUGAUCAUCCAGAAGGGGGUGCUAAUGCAUUAAAUAUUAACAGUUUGAGGAUGCUUCUUCACAAAAGUCCAGUGUUAGAGCAAAAACGAACUUCUAAUCAUUCAGAGGGUAUAAAGCAAGAGGAAACUGCUUCGGCUCAAGUUUUAGUUGAGAAUGUGGUGAAGGCAAGUCUUGCAAAGCUUGAGGAAGAGGAAAUUGAUCAUGAUAUAUUUGUGCGAUGGGAACUUGGAGCCUGCUGGAUUCAACAUUUGCAAGAUCAGAAGAAUGCAGAGAAAGAUAAGAAACAAGCCGGAGGGAAGGAUAAGAAGCAAACUAAUGAGAUGGUUAGAACUGAAACAAAGGUUGAAGGUCUUGGAAAGCCUCUUAAAUUCCUCAGGGACCCCAAAAAGAAAUCUGAUGUCAACGAUGAGAAUACCUUAUUGGUUGAUGGAAAAUCACCUGAAGGCAUAAUUGGCUUGGAAACUCAACGGACCAUCUCAUCUAGUCGAGAAUCUUUAGGAGAGACUAAAUCAUCUGAAAAGGAAUUGCUUAAAGAUUUGUUAUCUGAUGUGGCGUUUGCACGAUUGAAAGAGUCAGAAACAGGACUCCAUCAGAAGUCUCUGCAGGAAUUAACUGAGAUGGCUCUAAAAUAUUAUGAUGAAGUUGCCCUUCCAAAGCUGGUUGCAGAUUUUGGUUCAUUGGAACUUUCACCUGUUGAUGGUCGGACCCUAACUGAUUUCAUGCAUACUAGAGGCUUACGGAUGCGUUCUUUAGGGCAAGUUGUUAAACUGUCAGAGAAGUUGUCCCAUGUACAGUCUCUCUGUAUUCAUGAGAUGAUUGUAAGAGCUUUCAAGCACAUAGUACGAGCUGUUAUUGUUGCUGCUUCUGAUGCUGGGAACUUGGCUAUUUCUGUAGCUGCAACACUGAACUUGCUUCUUGGGAAAUGUGAUACUGGAACUUCAAAUUUUGCUGGUGUGCAUGACCUCGUGUGGAAAUGGCUGGAGACUUUCUUGAAAAAGCGAUACAAGUGGGAACUCUCAAAGACAAGUUACUGUGAUGUGAGAAAAUAUGCCAUUCUAAGGGGCCUGUGCCAUAAGGUGGGUAUUGAGUUGGCACCAAGGGACUUUGAUAUGGAUUCUGCAUUUCCUUUCCACAAAUUUGAUAUUGUUAGCCUGGUACCUGUGCAUAAGCAAGUUGCAUGCUCUUCUGCUGAUGGGCGACAACUUUUAGAAUCCUCAAAAACUGCUCUAGAUAAGGGUAAACUUGAAGAUGCGGUUAACUAUGGAACAAAGGCUCUUGCAAAGCUGAUAGCAGUGUGUGGUCCUUACCAUCGUAUGACCGCUGGAGCCUACAGCCUGCUAGCUGUUGUCCUCUACCAUACCGGAGACUUCAAUCAGGCCACAAUUUAUCAACAAAAGGCAUUAGAUAUUAAUGAGAGGGAGCUUGGAUUGGAUCAUCCAGAUACAAUGAAGAGUUAUGGGGACCUUGCUGUAUUCUAUUACAGGCUUCAGCAUACAGAAUUGGCUCUCAAGUAUGUGAAGCGUGCGUUAUAUCUUCUACAUCUUACUUGUGGCCCAUCUCAUCCAAACACAGCUGCCACAUACAUAAAUGUUGCUAUGAUGGAGGAAGGCCUUGGGAAUGUGCAUGUGGCACUUAGAUAUCUUCAUAAAGCGUUGAAAUGCAACCAGCGAUUACUUGGCACAGAUCAUAUACAGACAGCAGCCAGUUACCAUGCUAUAGCCAUUGCGCUCUCCUUAAUGGAAGCGUAUGCUCUAAGUGUUCAGCAUGAACAAACUACUUUGCAAAUUCUUCGUGCCAAACUUGGUCCUGAUGAUUUACGUACUCAGGAUGCUGCUGCUUGGCUAGAGUAUUUUGAGUCUAAGGCUUUUGAGCAGCAAGAAGCAGCUCGCAAUGGAACCCGUAAGCCUGAUGCAUCUAUUGCCAGCAAAGGGCACCUGAGUGUUUCAGACCUCCUUGAUUACAUUAAUCCUGAUGAAGAUCUAAGGGGAAGAGAUAUUGAAUCAGCUAAGAGAAAAAAUCUCAGUUUGAAGUUGAAAGGGCGAUCCUCACAAAGCUUGAAGGUGACAAGUUCUGAUCUAUCUUCUAAAGAUUCAAAUGCACCAACUUCUGAUGAUGAGAAGCAAGUUAAAGAAACCAUAUAUAGCCAAAUUGAUAUGCCUAGUAGCAAUCCACUUGUUGAGCCUAAAGAAGAAGACACUCUAAUCAAGGAACAUAUUGAAGUUUCCAGACAGUCAGAAAGAGUGGUUGAUAAGCAGCAAUCUGUUAUUAAAGAAGAUUUAGCAGAUAUAAACACUGAGGUAGAAGAUGGCUGGCAACCUGUUCAAAGACCAAGGUCAGCUGGCCUUGCUGGACGGCGAUUCAAGCAACGACGUUCAAGUUUUGGAAAGGUCUACAGCUAUCAGAAGAAUGAUAUUAAUGAUGAAGUAGUUCAUUCAAAACAGAAGUUUACUGUUUCAAAUAGCUGUUACUACUUGUUAAAGAAACGAACUAUACUUCCCGGAGGCUACACGGAUAAUCACCAGAUGAAAGUUCAGUCACCUGGUACCAAAUUUGGAAGGAAAAUAUACAAAGCUGUAACAUACAGGGUGAAGACAGUACCUUCGUCUGUUAGUAGUGAGGCAAUGGAUAAUCCCAAACAUGGUAGCGAGCCAGUAAGCCUUCAGCCAGAUUUUCAGACAAGUUUUACCCCAGAUGACACCGCCAUAAAUAAUCAAAGAGGUGUAGCCAGUGAAGUAAUUGAAUCACAUAGCAAUUUGAUUGUUAGUCUUGGCAAAUCUCCAUCAUACAAAGAUGUUGCAUUGGCACCUCCUGGAACUAUUACUAAGAUCCAGAUCAGGAAACCAAAGGAGGAUCUUUCAUUACAUAAGCAAUUUGUGUCUGUGAAAAGUGAAAUUGAACUGAAGGAGACAGCUGCGGUUGAUGAUCAUGUGGAUCCUAGUGUUCUCAAACCUGUUGAUAGAUUGAAACAAGAAGAAGAGAAUUUGGUUGAGGUUGCUGAAGGCAAUAUCUGUCUCUCAGCUAAGGAGAUUGAGGUUGGUGAUGAGAAGGAAGGAAUCUUAGGAACAGUUGAAGAAGAAAAUUCGUCAACAUUGAUGAGCCCGGACAAAGAAAAUGAGUUCUGUGAGAAAAAGACAGACAACUAUUGUUUGGCAAAUGAUGCUGUUGACAACAAGGUGCAACAACCACUAGAUAGAGAUAGUCAUGGAGAUAAUAAACCUAGUUUGCCUGAUGCAAACAGUGGCUUGCAGAAUGUAGAGUGCAGAGUCUCCAAUGUAUCGAAAGAACAUUCUGAGGAUACUUUGCCAAGAAGCAUUGAGCUUGAGCCUAAUCUAACGUCUACCAUAAAUGAAGAUCUUGAAAAGGUUGAAACUACUGAAGUCACCACCUGUGAUACUACGAAAGCAACACUAUCAUUGAACAACAAUGAUUUGCGAGACAUCCCAAACAAGAAGUUGUCUGCCUCUGCUGCACCAUUUAAUCCUUCUCCAGCUGUGGUGCUUGGUCCUGUGGCUGUAAGUGUUGGUCUUCCCCCAAGUGGAGCAAUCCCUACUGUCACACCAUGGCCUUUGAAUGUCAGUCUCCAACCAGGACCUGCAUCUCCCUUGCCAACCGCUCCUAUCUGCACAUCUCCACACCUCCCUUAUCCAUCAUCUCCACGGCCUCCUAACAUAUUCCAUCCUUUACCCUUCAUGUAUCCACCAUUUACCCAGUCACAAGCAAUACCGAGCAGCACAUUUGCUAUGAACAAUUCUAUGUUCCAUCCCAACCAUUUUGCUUGGCAAUGCAAUAUGAAUCAAAAUGCAUCUGAGUAUAUGCAAGGAACAAUAUGGCCAGGCUGUCAUCCAGUGGAGUUCUCUGUUCUUCCACCUGUCAUCAAUCCAAUUUCUGAAUCCAUGAUGGAGGCAACUCUUCAGUCCAGCAAUUCAAAUGGUGUGAAUCUAACUCUCCUCCGGAGCCUACAGUUGGUGAAGUAAAGAAAGAAAUUUUAUCUGAAGAAGGUUUUGCGGUGUCAGAGAUCACUGAUAGGAAAACUACAGUGACUGAGAAUCACACAGCAGAUGCACAAAAACUUGGAGAAUCUUGUGGUUUUGAAGC